AAGCAGAAGGGUAUCGAUCGCGACAAAUGAUGUUGGCAACACAUCAUAUCAGUCCAAAUAAGCCAGGGAAAUCAGGGAGCAGCUCCAAGAUACAUAACACAUUCGGCCGUUAUCUUUAUUCUCAGGGUACCACUCGAGUGGUAGCACUAACAAAAUCAUUGUCCAGAUCGAGCCUAUCGUAUGGACUGAGGAACAGCCGGUUAGUUGUGGCAACAAUGUUCCUUGUACCUUAUCGACGGACCCACGUGCCUCUCCGAUCCGAUAGGAAGAUAAGGCGUCGAUUAGGUAAUCAGAUCCACUCCGUUUAUAAUCCCUGGCCCUCGGUGUAUCGAAAGUUGACUCCUCAUUCUCCUCGACUCAAUUUAUCUGUCAUCUAGUCAAACUAAGAGGUACACUAUCACCGUCAUCUAGAGAGGUACUUCUAUUAGAAAAUUCCACCAUGCAGGUUCAACCUCCCACCGAGACCGCCGCGGUCGACACCACACUCCUAAAAGACGAGACCAUCAUCACAACAGUGGCAGUACCCGAGACACCUCCUCCCCCGACCCUCCGACCCCUCUAUUUCGCAUACGGCUCCAACCUCUCCUUCACACAGAUGCGCCUCCGCUGCAGACACAACCCUGACCUCUCCUCCAAGCCCGUUGCCAUCGCCCGGCUGGACCACUGGCGGUGGAUGAUUUGUCAGGCCGGAUACGCGAACGUAUUGCCGCCGGAGGGACUGCGGAUCGGACGCCAGCUGAGCGACGGGGACGAGGUUCCCGUAUCUGGCGACGAAGAUGCCGUGUUCGGGAUAUUGUAUGAGAUGGAUCCGGAGGAUGAGUUCUUGCUGGAUGGGUAUGAAGUUGUGGAUCAUGCGGCGGGGCCGUCGAGACUUGGAGAGAAGGUACCUGUUGAGGUUCGGCCGAGGGAGCAGGGGUGUGGGGAAUAUAACAAGUGGUAUUUGCCGGCGACAGUGACGCGGUGGCUGGAUGAGGAGCAGCGCGUGUUGAGGAUGGGUGCGACUGCGGUGGCGGAGUCCGGGCCGCAGGUCACGACGGUGCUGGUGUAUGUGGAUGAGGAGCGGGUGCGACUGGGUUUCCCCAAGGAUGAGUACAUCCCGCGCAUGAACCGGGCGAUUCGGGAGGCCGAGUCGAUCGGGUUCCCGAAGCACUGGGCAGACGAGGUUAUGAGGAAAUCGAUACCGUUGAAUUAGUUUCGGAUCUUGAGGUUGGCCUGCAUGAGUCUACGGGGUUACGAUACCAGGUAUAAGUUGCAAUCUAAACGAGCAGAUGCAUUGAUUCAGAGGUAUAUAGCAAGAUAUAUGUCUAUCAGGUGUAUCAACA